AUGGCGUACAUCGCUUCUCAUUUGAAGAAGGGAAUCACACAUCAGCAGCGCGUUAUGCGCUUGUACAGAAACAGCCUAAAGCACUUACUUUCGUGGUGUAUCGAUAGAGAGUCAUGGAGAGAAGAGGCCUUGAUACUGAGAGAUAGAUUUGAUAAGUAUAAGAACGAGACUAACCAGAAAAUGAUAGACAAGGUUCUGCAAGAUGCAGAAAUCGAAUUUGAAAACAAAAGACACCCGUUUCCCUACAUCGGUAAGUGUUGUACACUUUUUUCCUCUUAUAUCUCUACUGCAAAGGGUAAUACUAAAAUGUUCUGCCGGGAGGAAUGUAACAUUUAUACAAAUACUCUGAAUAUACAGUAUAUCAACCCAAUAAUUGGUCUCAACUGUUUUAGAUCCCGUAAGUCCAGACGGUAGCAAAUGGGAGAGAAACUUGCCACCCCCUCCCCACGUAAGUAUUUUCGUGAUUUUUUGGUGAAAUGUCCGAUAAAUACCGCGAAGGCCAUAUUCAAAAGUCCGCUCUAAUAUUGGAAAGAAAAAAGUGAGAAAAGUUGUAGGUUCAAGGGGAAGCUAAGGACACCCCUAGCAAGGCGGUCAUGUCAAAACGCAGACCAUGCAGACUGCAGACCGUGUAGACUGUGCUGACUGAGUGUUAUUUUUAUUUACUUGUACCUUAAUUUUUCCUGUUCCUGCAGUUGUGUUAGGCCCUUGGCUACUUACUCUAUACUUUUCAGUUAGGUGACAAAGAAUUUUUAAUUGACCAACUGAAUGUCCCAACCUCAAUGGUUUCUGGAUGAAAAGUAAACAUAUGGCAAAAAAAUGCAUUUGGAUGUGUAGUACCUAAGGGUUGCCGACAGUGAAUCCAAGACAAGCUAUCAGAAACUGUAGAAGCAGAACCCAAUGCUGAUUUUUUAUUGGAUGGAGUCUGGAUUGUGUUUUCAAAAAAGCUACUUCACAGAGACUAUUGCAGUACAUAAGACACCUGAAUGACACUUCAGACCCAGUAGCUUUCAAGGCAGUACAUAUGCGAGAAAGCAGGACGAUUUCAGAUCAUUGGUUCUACUACAAGUACUUGCCUCUGUUUUAUAUGAAACCGGUUGAAAACUAAUUGACUUUAAAGAAAUCAAAAUAGGUCCGCAUGGUAAACUGAGCCCAUGAUUUUCUCAUUUUAUUAGUCAUGACCUGUAGUCUUCAUAAUGAGAAGAAGCGGGAAACCAGUGAAAGUAUUUACUACUUUAAUCAAUGUCCAACAAGAGAAAUUAAAGUACUUGUAAAUAAAAAUAACACUCAGUCCGCAUGGUCUGCGUUUCAACAUAAUCCACAUGGUCUGCGUUUCAGCAUGACCACAGGCAAGGACACUAGUGAACAGGACAGGAAAGACAGCAAAUCUUGAGUGACGAGUGACAACAAUUAUGUUUGAAAAUCUUUUCUGCCACCCUUUACGUUCCUUUAAUCAGGUCUUUUUGAUAAGGAACCAGAAAACACCAGUGUUAAGUGAAGGUCACAACACAACAUGCACAUUAUAGCUCUCUCACACCUAUCACACUCAAGCGUUUUGCCAUCCUCUUUUUUCUGCUGUCCUGUUGUGUAAAUUCACUAUUCUAAGUACUUGGAGGGUGCCUAGACUACAGCCUGUGUGGCAGGUAAUGCAUAAAGGGGAGGGAAAGAAGGGAGGAGGAGCAUCUGCUAUGAACCCAAGUGUGUUUGCAUAAUUAACAAUUUAUUAUUGAAUGAGGCUGAGUAUCAUCUGAACAAUUAUGGAGAUCAAGGAGGGUGUUAUCCUCUGAGGCAAUAGGCUGAGGCAGAUAACACCCUCCGAGAUGUCCAUAAUUUUAAAAACAAGCUUACAUGUGAACAUGCUUACCUCCAUUGAUGUUAAGUUCAUCUUCGAUUAGUGCAUGUUUAUUGGCAGGUUUAGGAGAUAAAGGGUUGUUCAGUUCUGCAAAUAUUCUCCUUAUAGAAGAUGUCAUCCAUCAAGUUGUCUUCUUGCUGUUUAUGCCAUGUUUUUAGCUAAAAGUCCUCCUAUUUCAGCCCUGUGAAACAAGUAAAAAGUUCCACCACUUUGUAUAACUCAACCUUGUCCCGAGGUUUUCCCAGUUAACGGUUGAAUAAUCUGGCAAUGUUGUCGCACAAUUGAUGUCAUCGGUUCAAGAUGGGAAAAUUCCUCCAAAUUUGGUCAACGAUAGCUGGUUCUGAUGAAUUAUGCAUGUCAUUUGAGCCAAUCAGAAAUGGAGCAAUAUUUUGAAUGAAUAAUAAGGCCUAUUAAUUCCCCUGCUAGCAGUAGAGUGUGCUUUUCAGCUUGGACUAAACUUCAGAUACAUAACUUUGUGACAGGAAAAAUACAAAAACUUGUCAAAAAGUUUCAUGGAUAGUCUUUACCAGCUCAAAUUCAAAUCAUACAGAAAUUCAUUUAUGGUGGCACAUGAUUAACUGAACAGUUCCUGGGAUACAUGUAGCUCCUAAAAUUCUCCAAAGUUAAUAAUAAAACUCUUACCCUUGUGGAAAAUGGUAUUUUAACAUCAAUAUGACGAGAAUUGCCACCCUCCAAUACCUACAGUCUUUGUAGCCUGAAAACACUGGAUGAAAAAUUAGAUUUACAUGAAAUUUUCUCAGGGCAAAUAUGAUACCAAAUAAUGCAGACUAAAGGGAAACCAUGGGCAAAGAUGGAUAAUACUGCAUUUCCAUCCUAGUUGACACGAGGCUGGCCACUAUACCAUGGGUUAAGCUAUAGAACAACAUAUUUUAUUUGGUACACUCUGGUCUGAAGGUCAGGUAAAAUUAAGGUAUUGAAGCUUUCAACUGAGUGAAAACUACCCAAGUGUAAACACCUUAGGCUGAGCCGGUCUAUUUUAUUAUGUGAAUGCAGUAUGAACUUCCAGAAGGAAAGUCAUUAAAGCAGCCACUAAUAGGCACAGUAAUAUAAUGCUACAGCUAAAGCAAAUGGUAAAUACAUUGAAUUCUAAAAUUACAAAAUUAAUAGUUACACAACAGAUUGUGUAUACGAUGACUGAGCUCAGUGUUUGUCACCAACAUUGUUCCCAGGGUUCUCUCCAAAAACCCUGGGAACAAGGUUGUGUUGUCACAUGAUUUUUGCCUAUUUAGUGACAUAACAUUAAGUGAUUAAAAAAUCACUGUCAGUUCACUCACUGAACUGUCACUUUUUGUCAGAUGACAAUAGUGAAUGCCAUUAAGGUUAACACUAAUGAAGACAGUGAUGCUGUAGAAUAGCCUGUGAAUACAACUGUGUCUCUUUGCUUCUUUCAUUAUGGGAUGGUUGCAGGAGAGACAUCUACACUUCAACGAUAGAUAUGCUGUACUGAUGGUCUAUUAUUGUAAAAUUUUGAGUUUAUCUUGCAAACAAGUGGCAACAAAACUCCAACACUUCUUCCAAAUAGCGAUAUUAUAUUCCACAAAUAUUGACUGUUUCGUAGUAGAUUCAUCACAUGUCACCUGUGUGACCUUUUUUCUUCUGUCUGCAAUAGCUAAAAGAAUAUAAUAACUACAUCAACCAAUCAGAGCUCCUGUCCAGAUUCUGGACACAUUUUACAUCAUUAGCAUGGCAUUUCACUGAUUUCAGUCGUUGAGACACUGAAGUCUGUCCCACAAAACGUCCCUGGUAGCAAAGAACAAGGAGAGAGGGUUGUAUUUGCAGGCUACCAAUCAAAUGCAUCAUUGUUUGAAUAUUAUGAUCCUUUACACUAGGUCAGGCCUAAUGAGCAUUUAUGGCUUUUCUAUGACUCCAGUAAUGAUAAUAAAACUUCCAAGCAAGUUUCCUUGCUUGGCAUUUGAUUUUUUGUUUUUUGUGUGUCUCAUUUGAGGUUCUUCACAUGCUGCCAUGGGAGGAGGAAUGGUAUAAAGAAAUGUGUGAGUGGGCUGAAGGCAAAGAUUGAACCAUGUCAAACACAGCAGGCUUGAUCUUGUAGUCUCUGAUUGUUAACUGAAUCUCCAUGGAGAAAGAAACUCUCUAUGUUUAUAUUGUAACAUUCUUUUAAAAAGUCACAUGUUAAACUUGAAUUGUGUAAAUCCCACUAUUGUGAAGCGAUUGCUAAAUGUAAAUGAGUUCGAAAACGUUUUUUGUUGAGGACUGUGAUUAAAGAUGUUAUUCUUACUUUCGUUUUGUUGUGUUGGUUUUCAUGAUUCAUUGGGUUAAUUUUCUUUAAGUAAAUUCUUGAAGAAAAGUAAGAACCACUAAAAACUUUUCAGGAAUAACUGGGUACAAAGAAAUUUAAAUUUUCAGGACAAGAGUAAGUUGUAUAAUUUAGAGUGAAGGCUAGCAUGCAAACACAUGUUGUCGCUUCUCUCUUUCUUUUUGGGUGGAGAGAAGCAACGAACGGAAAUACAUUUGUGUUGGUAGGCUUAGUGAAGGCUUGAUACAGUGUACGACAAAUUGUCAAGGAACUUGAAAAAUAGUUUAAAUAGCAUUUUUAUAACUUUUUAGCCAUUUUUAUUUUAGUCUCUAAGCUUUAAAAAGCUUUUUCGUAAUUUUUUAAUUAUUUUAUUGUUCUUGUUAGUGCUUUUGAACUUUAAGGAUACUGGCACUUAUAUAAAUACUUUAUUAUUAUUAUUAUUAUUAUUGUUAUUAUUAUUAUUAUUAAUGAUAAUAAUAAUUAUUAUUUUUCAAUCGAAAUUAAGUGUCUUCUUUUAAUCGAAAGGAAUAAUGUAAAUAGUGCUUGGAGGGAAUAGUUUUUUAAGUGGAAUUAAUUGUAAAUAGGAUUUUAUAGUUAGCUUUGUUAUCAAUAAAAGAUUUGGCUUUAUUAUUAUUAUUAUUAUAAUUAUUAUUAUAAUUAUUAUUAUUAUUAUAAUUAUUAUUAUUAUUAUUAUUAUUAUUAUUAUUAUUAUUAUUAUUAUUAUAACUAAGUUUCCUUAUACAGCUCAGGUGGAGAGCGCCUGUCUGCUGAGCGGAAGGUCGUGGGUACAAAUCCCGGCAGGACCAACACUCGGGGUCUUUAAAUAAAGUGAUGCCUUUGUAAUGACAUCUGUAAACGGUUAGACUUUCUAGUAUUCUCGGAAAUGGACGAAAAACCGUUGGUCUCGUCUCACAGCACUUUCACUUAUCUGGUUCUUGUGGGACGUAAAAGAAUCCAGAGCACUGUUCGAAAAGAGUAGGGUAGGUAGAUCCCGGUGGUGAGGCUAACCUUUCCAGGGAUGGGUGGGUUAUCUGUAAGGAGAGAUGUUACUAUAAGGAUAACCUCAUGAUCCUCCUUCAGGUGUCGUAAUGGCUACCUGUGAACAGUGUAUGUAUGCGUAUAUACCGUAUUUAUUUACAGAGGUCCUGUGCCAAGCCGUUAACCAGCAAGUAAACGCUUUUGUUGUCCUUGGAAUGAACUUUUAGGAAAUUCUGCGUACUGAUCUUGCUACAUUGGGCGUGUGUUCUUUGUCGUCAUUUGUAAGUAAUGCACCUAUCAAUGUAAAGCCGGGUGGGGGGGCGGGGGGAGGCAGGGCAUGGGGUGGGGAUUAGAUUGUCUUUUGUUGGCCCUGGGGUAGGGCAUUUGACUGAUCUUGUUCUCCCAGGGGAGGGGAUAUUUGAAUCUUUCUUCGCCCGACGUGAAGAUAUUUGACUGCCGACUCGGACGAAAAAGACUGAGACCCAAGACCGAACAUAUGUUUCCACGCUCCACGCAUGCGCCGUACGGUUUGAAAAGAUCAGGAAGUCAUGGAGGCCGAUGAGAGCAAGCGAAGGCUGAGUGGAUUUCACUGUGUUGUCUUCAAAUUUCGUUUGUUUUAGCGUGUUUUUGAUCAAUUGAACCUCUUAAAAUACUGUGGUAUCAAAGUAAACGGUAGCCUGCGAAAACAUCCGUUUCUUCUCGCUAUUCGCCGCUGGGGACGUUUAGCGGCGAAGAGCGAGGAGAAACGGAUGUUUUCGCAGGCUAAGUAAACGGAGUAAAGAGAAACCAAGUCGAUUUUUGCAAGUACAAUUGAUUAGUGUAUGGCUCAUUCGCUACAAUUACUGUAAACUUAUAAAACUGACUUUCUUUGUACCCUUUACUAAGAACGGUAUAUUUAAACUUACAAAAUGUGAACUUUCUCCAAAAGGUUUAUGUAUUCUACGCAGUGUAACACGGAUUAUGGUUAAAACGUAUAAUUGCAGCUGUAGCAGAAACAUAUAUCUUCGCUGAUGCAGCAACGUUUAUAAAAGAUUGCAGAGUUUUACUUAGAGAUAUUUUUAUUGUGCCUUUCUUGGGUUCUGCCUUGGGAUUGACAGCAAUGUGCAGCCUGGGGUGGGGAAAUUUGGUUGCAUUUGACUGGAAUGAUUUGCCCGUGGGCAGGGAAUUUGAUUGCAAAUUUUGAAAAAAGUCAAAUCCCCACCCCAUGCCCUGCCUCCCCCCUCCGCCGGCAUUACAUUGACAGGUGCAUAAAGCACUCAGUCUGUAAACCCCAGGGCGGAUAAAGGUUGGGCGGUUGAGCGUCCGAGCAAAAAGGUGUGAUGCAGCGGACUGGGACUCUGCUUAAAAAUGUAGCUUGUUACUUCGGCGGAGCACGAAGUAAAGGAUUCGCGACGCUCAGGAAUGUAUCAAAGUUACCAUUUUUUGACGAGAUUGGGCAUGUAAAGUCUCUAGGUUUUCGGUUUUAUUCGGCUAUUUGACGAAGUGAGAGCCAAAUUAGUUCGAGAUAUCUCGAGAUCACUUCGAUUUCUUUGAUUUAUUCUUUAACUUUUUCGAGGAAGAAGGAAUUAUUAUUUUGGCUUUCCCGGGGUUUGAACCGACUCACCUGUGUGACCCGUCAGGUCAGAGGAGACUCUAAGUUGAGGGAUUCGCCGAUUGCGCUACUGCGGCCCAAGCUAGUUCUGGAUAUGAAAAAUAGUUAUGAAAUUAUGCACUAGUUUCGGGACAAGAUUGGGCGUGCAAGUUCGCGACUUUUCGGCUUGUUUCGGCUAUUUCACGAAAUGAUACCGGACUACUUUGUGAUAUCUUGAGAUCACUUCGAGUUGAGUCUUUAAUUUACUCGAGGAACAAAUAGAGGAUAUUACGUGGCCGCGCAGAGAAACGAAUUUUCUCUUCGAGUGUUGAAAAACAUUUCACGAGUGAGCCCUCCUUUCGAACUGCUUUAUGAUGAAUUUAAAGUUACAAAAUGCUGCACAAAGACAUUUUGUCUUUGUUGAGUGUUACGUAGUAAAAUUGCUUUCAUGCGUUGCGUGGCUUUCUCGAACGUUCUCUACUUUUUUGGAUUAUUCAUAAAUAAUCAAUUAGGGCAUGUUUACAUUUCAGCAGGAGUCAGCAGAUUUGCAUCAGUUACCAGCCUGAAUUUCAUCCGAUUACUUCGAGUCGUUAUUACUCCCUCAGUAACGUCUGAAUCAACCGGCCGUUAAUGCCGUCCAGUGACGUCACUACUCCUUGACCUUUGCUUUCAUUCAUGCAAAAAGUAAAACACUAUUUUCAAGUGGCAAACCGAGAAAUAUCGUUUGGAAAUGUCUGGAUGAUACAGAACUGCUUUAUUUUUUUCGAUCGUAAUUCAUGUUUAACGUUCAAACUAUCUGUACUUUCUAACUCUGAACCGGUUGUACUAAAUUCUAUAAUCAAACUCGGUCGCAAUCACGCAAUAAAAUAAACACACACACGGAACACUUAGUUCAAAAACACAAUGAUUUGCUUUAAUUAAAAAAAAGCUAUUUGGUCCUAAACCAAGGAAAAAAACAAGGAGACAAGAAAGAAAAGCUAACAGAAUCAUUACACUUGACGGUAAAAAUAGCAAGAAGGUCGAAAUAUAACAUUGAUCUCAGAAAACUUCAAGUAAACAAAAUCACGGGCCGCCGAAACCACAAAGCGGCUCUAAAUGGAAAACCUACCGACUCCCCGCAAUGAUUCUUCAUUCGCAGUUCAAUUUAGCAUUUCAGUUUCGAAGACAAGGGCAAUUUUGCUGCUUAAGAUAAAGAUUAAGCUUGUCGAAAUGUUUGAACUAAACGAAAGAAUGCCAGGGAUGCGAUCAGCUGAAUAUAAAGGGACAAUCCGGCUAAAAUUUUUCAUAAUUAUACAUAAUUAUGCGAAUAUUUAGACAAUCAACCAAUCAAAAUCACUACCCGGUUUUCGGGUAGUGAGUGACGUCACUGGACGGCAUUAACGGCCGGUCGAUUCAGACGUUGUUGAGAGGAGAAAACGACUGGAAGCAGUCGGAUGAAUUUCAGGCUAAUCAGUUACUGAAAUCAUAUAAUAUGUCGAAAAGCUACUACUAUUCGCCCUUUUAGUAUUUUCUAGAACCUUAUGUCAAACGGUAUACAAGUUUCAAGCGAGGUCAUUUGACGAACUACUUUUUUUUCCCACAAGCUGGACUGCUGUGUUUAGUCAAGUGUGACGAAGGUCGAUUUUCAAGUUCUGUGUUUACAACUUUGCGGAAGUCGUAAGAUAUCUGAAGUUCAAGUGAGAGUUUGUUAUUAUUGGUAGAGGCUGUUUAGUUAUACUUUAGUUCAAGUCAAGUUUGUGUUGGCGGUUGCUGCGUUUUAAAGCUCUGAAAAGGCUAUGUUCCUUUGGUAUUAAACUUUCCUUGUGUUAAUCCGACAUUCCUGCAUGCUGAUAGUCAGUGAAUAAUUAUCCUCAAAACAUUCGAACUCGUAACAGCCAAUUCCUUGCUCAACGUAAUUGACUCCUUACCCAUGCCUUACACACCUUUAAUCAGUAGAUGAGACUGCUAUGCUGUUUUUGAAGCCUGAUGUGACUAAGAAAAAUAGAGAAUUCUUUUUUCACUGUUUGUUUUGUUAUUCACCGCCAGUAACCUCAUAUUUGACUUGGGUCUAAACCUUUAGACCCAAGUCAAAUUUAGAAGGAUUUGUAUGGAGUCAUCAGAGCAUAACUGGGCUAAUAUCUCAGAGACAAUUUGUCCCGAAAUGCUAGUUUUUGGCAAGUAGGCCUCUUGGAUGUUGCUCUUUUCAGAAUAUCCUGGUAAAUCCAAUAAUUUCACAAAUUAACACCUUACUCUUACCAUAUUUCAUUUCUUACUAUUCCUCCGCAUUUAAUCAGUUCCACAACCACGACGCCGAAGUGUACGCG